AUGAAGGCGCUGAUCCUCGUCGGAGGCUUCGGCACGCGGCUGCGGCCGCUCACGCUGUCAUGCCCCAAGCCCCUGGUGGAAUUUUGCAACAAGUCCAUUGUGAUGCACCAGAUCGAGGCGCUCGUGGCGGUGGGGGUAACAGAGGUGAUUCUGGCUGUCAACUACCAGCCGCAAGUGAUGCUGGCAGCGCUCGAGUCCAUGGAGAAGAAGUACCAUAUCAAGAUCUCAUGUUCCCAUGAGACUGAGCCGCUGGGUACCGCCGGCCCAUUGGCGUUGGCCCGUGAGCUGCUGGACGACGGCGACCCGUUCUUCGUAUUCAACAGCGACGUCAUCUGCGAGUACCGACUGGAAGAUUUCCUGGACUUCCACAAGGCCCACGGAGCCGAGGGCACCAUCAUGGUGACUCGUGUGGACGAGCCGUCCAAGUACGGUGUGGUGAUCUCCGAUGCUGACGGACAAAUCCAACGCUUCGUGGAGAAGCCGAGGGAGUACGUGGGCAACAAGAUCAACGCUGGCAUCUACAUUUUUAACCGAGAAGUGCUGGACCGCAUCCAGUUGCGACCGACGUCCAUCGAGAAGGAGAUCUUCCCACAGAUGGCAGCCGAGGGAAAUCUCUUCUCGAUGGUGUUGCCAGGAUACUGGAUGGACAUCGGCCAGCCCAAGGAUUUCCUCUCGGGUAUGUGUCUGCACUUGGACUACGUGGAGCGCACGAACGCAGAUGCUCUGUCCACAGGCCCAAAGUUCAUUGGCAACGUGAUGGUGGACCCCACGGCAGUGAUCGGAGACGGAUGUCUGAUUGGACCCAACGUUGUGGUCGGACCUGGAUGUGUCAUUGAAGACGGUGUUCGACUUAGUCGAACGACGCUGCUUCGUGGUGUGACAGUCCGCGCAAACUCGUGGAUCCAGUCAAGCAUUAUCGGAUGGGGCUCCACUAUUGGCCGAUGGUGCCGAAUUGAGGGAAUCACUGUUGUCGGUGAAGACGUGCAGGUGAAGGAUGAGAAGUUUAUCAACGGCGGUCUCAUCCUGCCACAUAAAGCCAUCUCAGCCAGCAUUCCCGACCCUGGUACCAUCGUCAUGUGACCCGACUCCUCAGCUUAACCAUCCUGGUGUUUGUUUGCAUUACCUACCGUUCGAACAAAUUUUAACCACAUUUGCCAUCCAAACAGGAGCUAUAUUAGCUUUAAUAGGUAUGCCCAUCCACCUACCUAAUCGCCACUACCUGCCUAUUCUUCCACACGCACAUGUAUGCAAUUGUAUCUCUCACUUUUGAUAGACACAAGUGAUCGCAGCGUUCAGCCAGCUACUUGAGCGGCAUCGAGAGCGAUCUUUCCUCACUCGAGCCAGACGACGAAGAAGACGUGAGAGUCGAAUUUCCGUCCGGAGAAAGAGCAGCACGAGGGUCGUCGUUCACGCGGAUGCGGAGCUGGUGCAUUUCCGUUUCCCACUUGGUCUCGAGAUGUUCAAUGUGGUUGCGCAGCGUGCGAAUCUCCUCCACCAUGCCGGCGUAAUUGUCCUCCGCAGCCUUGCGAAGUUUGCUGCGGUCGCGCCGGCGGUAGGCAAAUUUCAUAGUCUCACCGAAAGCCACCAUAACCAGUGCGAAGACCAUCGAGAACAUCCAUUCGUACCAUUCAAUGUGCGAGAAGCCGAAGAGAUCGUCACUGAUGACGGGAAUCUUCGUGACGGACAGCGUCAAUGCCAACGAGCCCACAGCCGCCAUCUGCAUCCACUUGUUAGUGAACAUGUCCUUGAAAACAGACUUCGUAAAGCUGCGAGCUGUGUAGGCACGUAACAUCUCCAUCGUCGUGAUGUAGACGAAAGCCAUCGUCUGAGAGCGUGACGUUCCUUCCGACACGCACUCGUAGUCGCCACCAUAGCACAGCAACUUGUCGCUCUCGUAGAAGUCCAGCGAUCGGAUGCUCUCGUCGAACAGGUACGUGCCGUCAAGUGAGCGUGCUCCACAGUUGCUGUACGCCUGGCGCUCGUUGCCCAGCCCCAUCCAGCGAGAGCACACCACAUUCCUGUACGCCUCUUCGCCCUUGUCCGUGUCGAUGUCGGCGGUGAUGUCAUCGAGGAAAACGUUCUCAAAGUUCCAGUAGAGACCGCACGUGAACACAAGCAGAGCUCCAAAAGCGAUCAAGAAGGCGUUCGACAGCACAAUGACCCAAAGUCGGCCGAAAAUGAUGCGCUCCGAACGAGGACGCGGACGCUCCGACAUGACUGUACCAUCGCCCUUCUCCAGACUGAGUGCCACCGCAGCCAUACCAUCGGCGAACAGGUUAAGCACUAGGAUCUGGAGUGGCUCCAAAGGAUUCGGCAUACCGGCGGCUAUAGCCGUGAAAAUGAGCGUGAUUUCGCCAAAGUUGGUCGACAACAGGAAACACACGAAGCGUUGGAUGUUGCCAUAAAUCUCGCGGCCUUUCUCGACAGCGGACACGAUACUGCAGAAGUUAUCGUCGGUCAGGAUCAUAUCUGAAGCUCCCUUGGCGACAGCGGUACCUGCGAUUCCCAUGGCCACACCGAUGUCGGCUUCCUUCAACGCUGGUGCAUCGUUGACACCGUCGCCAGUCAUGGCCGCCACGUGACCUUGACGCUGCAGAGACUUAACGAUCUCGAUCUUGUCUUCGGGUUUCGCACGGGCAAACACGGAGACUUGACUCGUGAUUUCAUCCAGCUCAGCAUCAGACAGAUACUGGUUUUGACGCGGACGCAGCACACCACAGUCCACUGCUUGAGAGUCGGCAUCAGCGCCGUCAGGAAGCAGGUCGAUAUCACGAGCGAUAGCCACCGCCGUCUUGAGGUAGUCACCAGUGAUCAUAACAGUCCGGAUCGAAGCCUCACGAGCCGUAUGAAUCGCGUUCUUCACCCCCUCUCGCGGAGGAUCAAUGGAGGCGACGAGGCCGACGAAGAUCAGAGGUGCACAGAGGGCCUCGAACUUGGCUUCGACAUCUUCCUCGUCGUCUGAGAAGGGCAUCCUAUCCAGUGGGCGAAUAGCAACUGCAAGGACUCGAAGGGCUUGCGACGACAGGGCAUCAACGGCCUCCAAAAUGGUAUUACGGUCACGAUCGUGCAUCGGCGUGACAGCUCCAUCCUUGCGUAGCAGCUGCGUGCAGUUCUUGGCAAUGUAGUUGGGAGCACCCUUCACAUUCGCGACCAUCAUCGUUUUGGCAGGGAGCUGGAGCAUAUCCAAGCGGGGCUCACCGGCCGGAAGCUCGUUGACUGUAAUCAUCAUCUUCCGUGUGGACGAGAACGGGACUUCGGCGACUCUCGGGUGUGUCUUCAUGGCUUCUUCACGCCAGAUGCCUGCUUUAGCGGCAGCAACAACCAGUGGCGCUUCAGACGAAUUCCCCAUGGGCACCCACAUUGGUGCACCGGUGUCGCUUUCCUCCUGCUGCAAACUCGUGUUACUGCAAAGCACUGCUGACAACAACGUGGUGCGCACUGGGAUUGACACGGACGGAGCCUUGAUCUGGCUCACACCGUUGUGGAGUAUGUCACCGGUCGGGUUGAAGCCCGUGCCCGUGAUGUCGUACACGACUGAGUCGCUCCACAUCUUGACGGCCGUCAUCUUGCCCUCAGUCAGCGUUCCGGUCUUGUCCGUGCAAAUGACUGAGCUGGCACCCAGAGACUCAACAGCAGCCAGUUUCCGGACAAGGACGUUCUUCUUCACCAUGUCGGCCGUGCCGGUGGACAAACAGAUCGUCACCACCAUUGGAAGACCCUCGGGUACAGCACUAACAGCCAAGGAGACGGCGAUCAUCACCACAUAAAGUGUGACAGACCGCUCCGGGUUCUUGGGGUCCGCGUUGCCGCGGACCAUGCCGACAAUGAAGACAAUCACACACACUCCCAGCACGACGGUGCCCAUAAACACGCCCAGCUUGUGCAGACUUUCCUGUAGAGGAGUCAUCUUGGGGUAGUACUUGUCCACAAAGCGACGCCACCAAUUGGGGCGCUUCGAGCCGUCCGCACCACCUCCCUGUAGUAGAGCAGCAAUGGACCCCACACGGGUCUUCAUGCCUGUUUCCAAGACAACUCCAGUGGCGUUGCCCGUUGCCACUGAAGUAGAGGCGAACACCAUGUUGUCAGCCGUCAGCUUCUCGCUGCGACUCAUGUCGGCGUCGUAUUUCUUGAGCACGUCUUCGGACUCGCCCGUCAAGAUCAUCUCAUUGACCUUGAAGUCCGAGCUGUGGAGGAGGCGGAUGUCGGCCGGCACAAUGUCUCCAGUCGUCAGCACAACAAUGUCGCCAGUGACCAGCUGCUCGCUCGGGAUCUGGACUUGACGGCCGCCGUCACGUAGCACGACGCACUGAGGAGACGUCAUCUUCUGCAACGCCUCGAGCGCGUUGCUGGCGUUGCGUUCUUGGACUGUAGCGAUGACGGCGUUCAGCGUCACGAUGGCGAUGAUGGCCAGACCUUCCACGUACUCUUGCAGAGCGAUGGAGGCCAGGGCCGCAGCCAUCAGCAGACCGAUGAUCACGUUGGUGAACUGCAGUAGGAAGAUGAUGUACACGGGUGCUCUCUUCUCUGCCUUCAGAGAAUUGGGGCCGUUCUCGACCAGACGCUUGCGCGCGUCCUCACUGUCCAGGCCGAGCUUGGCGUCCACUCCAAAACCCUCCAGGAUGGUAGCCACGGGCUUCUCGUGCCAGGCCCAUUGGUCCUCUCGGUGAUCGACUUCGGCGAAGGAUUCGCGGGUCUUGCGCGGGUCCAUGGCCACGACACGCUCAGCGUCGCUCAGGAAUCGGUCGCGGUGCGAAGAUCGGCGCUCGAGGUCAACGUCAUUGUCGACCAGUUGUAGUUUGGUGUCCUCUGCGCCCUCGGCGCGGCCGGCGCUGGCUCUAGGAGUGUGCGCUGCAGCGUAAGAGAAAGAAGAGGAUGGCGGCAUCUCCUCGGCCGCGGCCUCGUCUUGUAGAGACGACGCUUGCCUCAGUUCGCUCGGGUCCACGCAUGAUUUUUUGCCAUAUAAGUCUGGGGGGUCAACCAUUCAAGGGGGGAGGGCGACGCUGGCUGGCGGAACAAAGAGGCCGGACGGAAGCUCUUGGACGACGGAGGCGAGUGCGCACUGGG